CUUCCCGUUUAUGGGUGCAAGAUGGCGGCGCCCAGAGCGUUCCAACGCCUGGUGGCCUCAGAACUGUGUAAGAAUUCCAGAGGCCUCCAAGGUCUGAGUCAGGUGGUCGCCCCAGAGAGCAAUCAGAAGAAGAAAAGGACUCUCCUACAAUUCCUGUCUGACUACUUCUACGACAUGGAGGCCCUGAGGGAGUACUUGCUGCGGAGGCAGAUUUUGAAGGUGCAGAGGAAAAAUCGAUCCUUCCUCGCCCUGAAGGAGCACUAUGGCCCCUAUGUCACAGGUGCCUACUUCGUCCUGAAGCUGGGAGGUGCAGUCAAGUUCCAGGGCCAAGAGUGGAUCCGGCCCAGCAAGCAUGGCUGGAUCUCUCCCUUGUUAGGCGAUCUGCACUCGGUACCCGUAGAGGCCGUGGAUGUCAGCGGUUGCAUCAUCAACUACGAAGGCCUGGACCACAUCCUGCUCCUGAAGGAGCUCCGCUCCCUGUCCCUGCAGCGCUGUCCCCACGUGGAUGACUGGUGCCUCACUCGUCUCUACCCGCUGGCCGGCUCGCUGCAGGAGCUGUCGCUGGCCGGGUGUCCCCGAGUCUCCGAACGGGGCCUCGCCUGCCUCCACCACCUCCAGAACCUCCGCCGAUUAGACAUCUCGGACCUCCCUGCUGUGUCCCACCCCGGCCUCACUCACAUCCUGGUGGAGGAGAUGCUGCCGCACUGCGAGGUGGUAGGGGCCGGCUGGGCCCAGGACCUGCAGCCAGGGGACACACCCAGUCCCGUCCAGUCUAGCCUUCAGUCCACAGCCCACUCCAGCUAGGCCUCAGAGGGCUGUGUGAUGUCCAGUGUGUCACUGUGGCUUCGUGAGGUUUAUGCAGCACCAGGUACUGGCAGAUCAGAGGGAGAGAGAGAGAGAGAGAGGGAGAGAGAGGAUGGGAUUAUUGGUCCUGGCUCUCAUCUGUCAGGCUGUCUUCACAGCAAAGCUGCAGGGGGCUCUGUGGUUCCCCACCCUCAUCUAGUGGCUCCCCCAAAUGGUUCCCCUGAGCCAUCACUUGCAGGAACCUUGAACAACACCAGGUGCACAGCCAUGGCCCCACAAAGGGCCUGUCCUUGUUUGUCUGCUCUGUGAAGAUGGAGCUGGGCCUUUGGAGUAUUUCUUUGCCGGAUAUACAGUGAGCUUGGUUGGGAGAAAGUGCUGUAUUUCUUUGCCAGAUAUACAGUGAGCUUGGUUGGGAGAAAGUGCUGGGGAACCAUUCAGGGAAGAAGCAUGGAAUCCCCAAUACCCACAGCUCACAGCUUCUCAGGGUCUCAGAUGGUCCUCAGCAUCCUCUGACACCUCUACCUCAGCUCCCUCAUGGGGUGUGGGAGGAUGAGGGGGACACCAGAGCUCUCCAGAAUCCCAGAUAGAUUUCCAGUCAGUUCCGAGGCACUUUACCAGUGAAUCCAUCAUGGUUCCAAUUUGCUGUUGAAGUCAAUAAUCCUAUAUAUUAAACUUUCCCCAUUUAAAUUACUGAA